UGCGAGACUCGUAGCGCCAUCGGGGUGAUAACAAAAACUACGAAACGUCUAUAGCGCAUCAACUUGGUUACUGGUGUAGUUUCGCCGAUACGAUAACGAGGGAAACAUUAAAGGAUUGCAACAUUUCGAUUGCAGAAGGGAUUUUAUCGUGGAAACUGAGUUCAAUCAUUUCGGGGGUGUUGAAACUGUAUCUCGUCGAGUGAACAGUGCCGAUUGAGCAGUUGAUCGAUGGGCAUACAAUGCUCGUGGUCCCGUGAUAGCAAGAUGUAGGCAAACUGCAUAGAUUAGUUGCCAGUGCUGCGAAAGUGAGGGUUGUCUGUUAUUCAAUCAAUUUUAUUACGAUGUCAUAAUCAAAGAAGAAGGGUUCUGGAUGCAUCAUGAGCUGCUCCGUAGAACUACGACAGCGAAGACAGCAGGGGAUGGUGGAGGAUCCUCAUAAACUAGCAGCAAUGAUGAAUAAAUCUCAAAGACUUGUACUAGGACUUUUAGUUUUACUUCUGGUAGAUAUAAUUUGGGUCUCCAGUUCUGAAUUAACUAAAUACAUUUAUAGAGAAGCUGCAUUUGAAAAGCCAUUUUUUAGUACAUAUGUAAAAACAUCUAUGUUCACACUUUAUUUGCUGGGUUUAUGUUUUUGGCCACCAUGGCGGGAUCAGUGUAACAAACCUGCCACAUAUAUGUUUAUAGAUCCUAAUGUUGAAGAUGAUAACUUUUAUUCAGAAGCCAAUACAAGUCUGAGUGAUCCAACAUUUGUUCCGAUAAAAACGCCAGAUCAUUGUGAUCGUUCCUCAGGCACAGAAAGUGAUGAUUCAUCAAUACGUUCUGUCCGAUUUAGUAAGUUAGCAGAAGUCAGGCAUAUGUCAGAAACUGACGCCACGGAAGCGUUAUUGGCAAGACUUAGUUACCAAGCUAGCUUAAGAGCUGGGGAGCAUGUGAGGCGACAAGCCAAUAAAUUUUCUGUGCAAAAAGUUGCUAAGAUUGCACUUAUGUUUUGUUUACUUUGGUUUAUGGCGAAUUAUACUUAUCAGAUCUCGUUAGCAAAAACCGAAGCAGGAGUUGUAACAGUAUUGUCAUCAACUUCUAGCUUAUUCACAUUAUUCCUUGCUGCUUUUUUCCCGAGCAACGGAGGAGAUAAAUUUACACUGUCUAAGCUAGUUGCUGUAUCCAUCAGCAUUUUUGGGCUAGUAUUAGUGGGUCUUUCAGAUUUAACUAUAGAAACUAAUAGGAUACCCACUGGUAUAAUAUUAGCGCUAGUCAGUGCAUUUUUCUAUGCUGCUUACAUUGUAUUUUUAAAGAGAAAAGUAGAUCAUGAGGAUAAGAUGGAUAUACCAAUGUUUUUUGGUUUUGUUGGUCUUUUUAACUUGACGCUUUUAUGGCCUUUAUUCUUUAUCCUCCAUUAUGGUCAUUGGGAGGCAUUUGAAUGGCCAGAUACCCAUCAGUGGACAUUUUUAAUCAUCAAUGGUCUUAUUGGUACCGUUUUAAGCGAAGUACUUUGGCUAUGGGGUUGUUUUUUAACAUCGUCCCUUAUAGCAACAUUGGCAGUUAGUUUAAUUAUGCCGAUGUCGAUGAUAGCCGAUGUACUGUUAAAGAAAGUCGAAUAUCCAUACAUUUUCUAUUUAGGAACAGUUCCGAUGCUUCUAGCAUUUCUAACUGUGUCUCUUCUGUCCUAUUAUGAUAAUUGGGAUCCAGUUAUGGAUUUAAUUAAAAGAAUUUACGUUUGGAUUUGUAGAAAAAACAGAUCAACAAGAAUGCCAGAUCUUGAAGCAGAACAAACCGAAUCGCUGAUAGGAAUAAAUAGCGGUGAACAUGAAGCUUAACUCGACAAUAACUAUGAGGAAACUGUGUAAUAAAUGUCCUUUAUGUAUGUAUAUUUCUACACCUAACUACAAAUGCUUCAUCGACGAGCAUAAUCUUCAUUAAUGUACUGUGUAUACGUCUUCUUGAUAUGAAUAUCUGUUUUGAUAAAAGGAUUCUGCAUAUUUUUUAAGUUAAAUGAUUUAUGCAUAUUUAAUUAUGAAGCAUUAUCUCGAAGAUAGUGCCAAGCAAUGUCGUUACAUAGUCAUAAUCUUCUGUAAUGCAUAUGUUAUUCUACUGAUUUGCCAUAAAAGAAAAUUUAAAUUUCGUUUUUAUGCAGAAUGCUACAAAACUGCCAGACAAUAAUUGCGCUUACUCGAUAUACACAUUAUUAGAGACAACAGAAAUUAAUCAUUAAGCUUUUUGUUCGUGUAUAUCGAAUUAACAUCAUCAGCACGUUAUAUUUUGAAAAAAACAGUAAAUUGAGUUUGAAUGCUUUUUUCUGCAACACAGAAUUUUAGCUAUUAUGAGUUAUAGUUAGCUUUCGUAUUCAUUGUAUAUUUUUCAAUAGCAUAUUAAGCAAAUAAUAUUAAUUGUGAUGUUUCAACUAACAUGAUGUACACAUUGGUUGAAGGUAUUAAGUUUCUCUGAGUAACAUUAUACACUUCUCAAAUCACCAUGCAUUGCAGAACAGUUACAUUCUAUAUGCUAAGCUGUAUCGUAUUUACAGAAGCUUAUAGAAAUACCAGUGCUAUAUACACUUUUUGGUUUCUCAAUAUCCUUAGACAAAUUACUUAAUAUAUUCGUAAUCGGAGGAAAGUCUGAGAAACAGAAAAAUACUUAUUUUAUAUCGUGUAAUUACGUUAGAAUUGUUAUCAUUAUCAUUUAAGCAUUGUUUUGAUAAAGUAUUAGUUUUUAAAGAUCGCUCAGAAAAACUGUACGAAUCAUAAUAGAGCUUAACUUAUAUUUUUUGUUAUAUAAUUUCGAGAAAGAUAUCCUAAUCUUUAUUGUUAUUUAAAAGUAGCUGUUAAUUGUUACGUACUUAUUUGUGGUACACGAUGUACGAAGUAUGCCCUCAAUUCUAGGACAAUGUCUGAGAUAUUUGUGCAAUUUUUAAUGAUAUAAGACAGGAGUAAUAAAAAAUAUAUUUAGAUUUUGGA